AUGGAUGCAGAUGCCACGCGCCAUGCGCGGCAGUCAAGCAACGCUUUUCCUGAUUGGAGGCCAUCAUCUCCGUUUGCGCAAACUGAACCUCCCCCAGCCACAACGAGGAGAACAAGGAAGAGUCACCGUUCUCGUGUUGGGAAUGCACAGAAUAGGGUUUCGCCACGUCCUCCUCCGCAUCGACGGUAUCUGCCAUUGAGGCGACCUCUCGCACUGCUGCUGCGAAUUUUGGCGAAGAAGCGCAUCAUAGGCCUCGUAAAUUUAACUGUCUUCAUCAUUCUGUCCUGGCAAACGGUGAGUAUCAUCAAUAUGGGAGGCGAUGUCGAUCUCCCUAGCAAAAUUCUUGACUCUAUGAGGAUGGACGAGCUCCCGUACCCCUUGAAUAUCGUUGUACAAGUCCAUCGCAAAAACAUCACCCAUGCGCCCUUUAAAGGAAAGUUUAAUAAUCCUGGCUAUGCCAAAGUUCGGGAAGGCACCUUUCGGAACAAAUACCCUUCCACGGAGAUGCAAGGGAUGGGUACUUUUGACAACAUUUUUGUUAUAACUAAUGACCAUUGCGAGGAGCAGUGGCAGGAAUUUCAAAGAACAGCAAACAAAGUUCCCCUGCAAUAUAGUAGGUGGUUGCAGAUGGGAUUCAGGCAUGUGUCUUUAUCGGACCCGCCAAUACCCCUUGCACCUGGAGCUAUGAUGGAUAAGACGACUGGGAAGAAGCUCAGCAGUUCAAAUCUACGGCGACAAAUAGCUUAUCUCGAAGCGCACCGUCAUUUGUGGAAAUACAUUGUCGAAACCGGUAGGCAACGUGUAUUAAUUUUGGACGAUACCGUCUUCCCAAACGACAGAUUGCGUCGAAGCCUUCCAUCAGUGCUCACAAACGUCGACCAGGAGUCUGUUGCAAGGCAAACAAAGUGGCACUUCAUGUUUCUCAGACGGCAGAAGCGAGAUAUCACGCAAAAAGAACAGAUGUGGACAAUGAACUCUGUAUUCAAUCAUGCUGUCGUGCAUGCUAACGUUUCUUACGGCGUAGGGGCUUACGUCCUGUCUAUUGACGGAGCGCGGUUCCUUGUUGAUCACGUCAAGCACUACCGCGCACCUCUCGACGUUGAGAUUGGAUUGCUUCAGACUGAAUUCCCGAACGAUUUUGUGGCCCUAAGUGCGUGUAACAACGAUUCACCAGUCCCUCUGUGUCCGGAAACAGUAAGUGACAUCAGCACUUCGCGCACGAAGCGCUUGGCAGAUUGUGCAUGGCGCCGCCUGCAAGAGAAGCGAAUAGCGAGCAAGUUUCAAUCCUAUUUUCAGUAA